AUGGCGGCGGCGACGACGAAUAGGAUUACUUCGGCGGGACUAGUCCCCGGGCUCCACCGCAGCGAAAUCAUGGUGUGCCAAUCCGCAGAUAAUUUAAACUCCCGGGGCGGCUCAUGGAUCGGCAAGGAUCUCCUCUCCUACACCAUUCCGCUGGUUUUCGCCCAGUUGAUCAUCAUCUUCAUCAUUACCAGAACCAUUUUCUUCCUCCUCAGGCCUCUUAAACAAAGUAUGAUCACUGCAUACCUUAUUAGCGGGAUAAUGAUCGGACAGACGGUGUUAGGUCGCAUCAGAGAAUUCUCGGACCUGCUAUUCCCGAUAGAAGGAAGAAUGGUUCUAGAAACACUCGGCGAAUUAGGGUUCAUGUUACACCUUUUCAUAUUGGGCGUGAACACGGACGCGACGAUGGUGAAACGCGCCGGACGAAACGAGAUUCUGAUCGGAACGUCGUGUUUCGUGCUGCCGUACGUGCUAGGCGGGCUCGUGGUGUACACGAUGCCGCACAUCAUCUUCAUCGACGAGGUCACCCAACACUGCCUCAUUUUCAUAUCCAUCAUGAGCGCCAUCUCGUCGUUUCCGGUGAUAACCACUUUAUUGGCCGACCUUAAUCUCCUCAACUCCGAGGUGGGCCGCACGGCCACGACGUCGUCUAUGGUCUGCGAUUUUUGCAGCUAUUUCGCGUCGCUAAUUAUGGGAUUUCUCGGCAUUUCUAAAAGGUUCACUCGAAUGGGGGUGUUUUUGUCGAUUGCGUGGGCCGUGGCGACCCUCACUUUAGUCGUGAUCGCCGUCCGACCGGUGAUACUUCUCAUCGGGCGGCGAAUACCGGAGAAUGGGUCGAUGAGGGAGACGCAAUUUUUGGCGAUUGUGGUGCUCGCGUUGUUAUGCGGGUUAGUGGCGGAGAUUCUAGGGCAGCCGGCGGGGCUAGGGACGUUUAUAUUGGGGAUCGCGGUGCCGGAUGGGCCGCCGUUGGGGUCGAAUUUGGUGUCCAAGCUUGACGUGUUUUGUACUGGAGUUUUACUUCCGGCGAAGUUUGCGGUCAGUGGGAUGGAUAUAGACUUGUUAUUGGCAGGGACUGGGACCACGACGGCCAUCAUUGAGUUCAUCAUCGUCUUGGGUUACGUAGGGAAAUUCACCGGCACUUUUAUUCCGGCUGUUUACACCGGAUUUUCAGUCUCCGAUGCCACCUCUCUUUCCCUCAUCAUGUGCUGCAAGGGUAUCAUCGAAAUCGCCGUCUUUAUCACCUUGAAGGAAAAUGCUAUGAUAACUUCUGAAGCACUCGCCCUGCUACUAGGAACGAUGUUGAUAGUGACUGGAACCGCGACGCCGCUGGUCUGCUACCUCUACGAUCCAUCGAUGAGAUAUUUAGGUUACAGAACGAACUCCAUUCUCCACUCCGAUCCCCACACGGAACUCCGCAUGUUGGUGUGUGUUCACAACGAAGAGGAUGUCCCAACCCUCAUGAAUCUCCUCGACAUUACCUGUCCGGGCCGCCACCGCCCACUCUCCGUCUCGGUCCUCACCCUGACGGAGCUAAAGGGGCGAGCCGACGCGCUAUUGUUUUCCGGGACGAGUUUCGUGCGCGGGAGUAAUAAAGUGAACGGCAUCGGGAUAAAGCCGUCGAAGAACACUCCAGCGGACCGGAUCGCCAACACUUUUCACGCUUUCCGGAUGCGCCACCAUGGCGCCGCGGCGGUGGAGAUCUUCACGUCGGUGGCGCCGUACGCGAGUAUGCAUGACGACAUCUGCACUAUCUCGCUCGAGAAGGGCGCUAACAUCGUGAUCGUGCCGUACCACAAGCGCGUGUCGUUCAACGGCGACUUAGCCGCGAAUGUGCCAGCGAUUAGAAUGGUUAACCAGAACGUGCUCCAGAAGGCGCCCUGCUCGGUCGGCGUUUUGGUGGACCGCGGAAAAGUCGCCGAAAAUCAAGCGAUUCGGUUAGGUGUCACUUUGCUACGUGUCACCAUGCUGUUCUUCGGUGGCCCCGACGACCGCGAGGCCCUCGCGUACUGCUCACGCAUGGCGGACCACACCCACGCCAGCCUCACGCUCGUGUGGGUCCGGAAAACCGCCGACAAGUACCCCAGCAACCUUGACGACCACGAAAAAGACAUAGACGCCGAGCUGGUACACAAAUUCCGGUCAACCCACGCCGGAAACGAUCGGAUCUCAUUCAAAGAAGAGUUCGCGACGGACGCCGUGGACACAACCCGAGUUCUUCGCGCUCUGAAAGGCCAUUGCGAGCUCUGCAUUCUAGGCAGAUAUCACGACCCCAAAUCGGAGCUAAUCUUGGGGAUCACUGAGUGGACCGAGUGCCCGGAACUCGGGGUCAUCGGAGAUAUGUUAGCAACGACGGAUUUCAAGUUUUCGGUGCUGGUGGUGCAGCAACUGCCGCAAGGGACGGCGAUGGAGCACUGCCAUACAUUUGAGCCUAUGGGGAGUAGUAGUAGGCAUAGUCAAAGUAGCGAAGUUUCCAAACAAUAUAGCGCUAGGAGCUAUAUAGAACCUUUGAAACUUUAA